CCAGCAUGUAUAAAUAGGCCCGUUUACUCUUGGGUCAGGACAUCGUUUUUGUGGAGCCCCUUGUGAGCACUGCACUGCAAUUCUUUGGGGCCGGUCAGGUAAAUCAGCACUGAGACACAGAAAGCAUGGCUCUGAAUAAUCCCAUCCCACUGGGACCAUGGAAGAUCACCGUUUAUGACCAGGAGAACUUCCAAGGGAAGCGUGUGGAGUUUACCUCAGCCUGCCUGAACAUCAUGGAGUGUGGCAUUGACAACAUCCGCUCCCUGAAGGUGGAGUGUGGAGCCUGGGCAGGAUAUGAGCACUCCAGCUUCUGUGGACAGCAGUUUGUGUUGGAGAGAGGAGAGUAUCCUCACUGGGAGUCGUGGAGCGGCAGCAACGCCUACCACAUUGAGAGGGUGAUGUCCUUCCGCCCCAUCUGCUCUGCUCACCACAAGGAGUCAAAGAUGGUGUUGUUUGAGAAGGAGAACUUCUUGGGACAGCAGUGGGACAUAAAUGAUGACUACCCCUCCCUGCAGGCCAUGGGCUGGGGCAACAACGAGAUUGGUUCCAUGCAAGUUCAGAGCGGCUCCUGGGUGUGCUAUCAGUUCCCAGGUUACCGUGGUUACCAGUACAUCAUGGAGUGUGAUCGUCAUGGCGGCGAGUACAAACAUUACAGAGAGUGGGGCUCCCAUGCUCAGUCCUUCCAGGUGCAGUCGCUGCGUCGAAUCCAGCAAUAAGACCUGCAACAUCCUCCCCCAAACUCUUUACAUCCUUCUCCACCUCCUCCCCCUCUUCCACAUCCUCCUCCUCACCCCCUCACCCAGUCAUUCCAAGCUUUAUCCAGCUCUGUCAGACCUUAUAAACCACGGCUGACACUUUGCUGGUGCUUCACAAUCAAGAUGUUUUACUGCACUUUUGUUUCUUUGCCAAAUGAAAAUAAAGAGAAAUUAUGAAAACAACAAAGAAAAGAAGGAAAAUAUUUACUUAAGAGAAGCUCCUGACUGACACCCCCCUGAGGAGGAAAGAGGAUGAAGUUAUAGGCCUCAGGGUGGAGAUGUCACAUUGGUAUUCAAGGUUAAACAUGGAGCUGGUGAUCAAUAAAUAACGAAUGAGCAACAUGAAAUAAACGGAAAAACAAAAGUC